GCCUGGGUUAGGUUGAGCUAGAGGCGGGGGAGUAGUAGGGAAACUGGAAUUUCCCGCGGAGCUGACGGCGCUUUCUCUACCCCCCUACUCGUUUGAAUUCCACGCGCUCCAAAAUAUCCGCCAUGGAGAAAUCUUGGCCAGGAUGUCCAGCCUAGGCUCACCGGUGCUGUCCUGCUGAAGGCUGGGUCAGGUGUCUAUAGGAACCGUGGCAAGGGAGGGUGUGCCUCAGGUCUGACCAGCGGCCACUAUCGUCAUGAACUUUGAGGGUCUGGAUCCUGGACUGGCCGAAUUUUCCCCAGCUAUGCAUUCUACCCUGGACCCAGUCCUGGAUGCCCACCUGAAUCCAAGUUUGCUACAGAAUGUGGAGCUGGACCCAGAGGGAGUGGCCUUGGAGGCUCUUCCCGUCCAGGAGUCAGUGCACAUAAUGGAAGGUGUCUACUCUGAGUUGCACAGCGUGGUGGCUGAAGUGGGAGUGCCUGUGUCUGUCUCCCACUUUGAUUUACAUGAGGAGAUGCUGUGGGUGGGGAGCCAUGGGGGCCACGCCACGUCCUUCUUCGGUCCAGCUCUGGAGCGCUACUCAUCCUUUCAGGUCAACGGCAGUGAUGACAUUCGGCAGAUCCAGAGCCUGGAGAACGGUAUCCUUUUCCUCACCAAGAACAACCUCAAGUACGUGGCCCGAGGGGGCCUCAUUAUAUUUGACUACUUGCUGGAUGAGAGCGAGGAUCUGCACAGUCUCCUCCUGACGGACAACAACACACUGCUUGUUGGCGGGCUGCAGAACCACAUUCUGGAGCUCGACUUGAAUACUGUCCAGGAGACUCAAAAGUAUGCAGUUGAGACCCCUGGAGUCACCAUCAUGAGACAGACAAAUCGCUUCUUCUUCUGCGGCCACACGUCUGGCAAGGUUUCCCUGCGAGACCUCCGUAGUUUUAAAGUGGAGCAUGAAUUUGAUGCCUUCUCAGGGAGUCUGUCAGAUUUUGAUGUUCAUGGCAAUCUGCUAGCUGCCUGUGGCUUCUCCAGCCGCCUCACCGGCCUGGCCUGUGACCGUUUCCUCAAGGUGUACGACCUGCGCAUGAUGCGUGCCAUCACGCCGCUUCAAGUGCACGUGGAUCCAGCCUUCUUGCGAUUCAUCCCCACGUACACUUCCCGCCUUGCUAUCAUCUCCCAGUCAGGUCAAUGCCAGUUUUGUGAACCCACAGGCCUGGCCAACCCCGCUGACAUCUUCCAUGUGAAUCCCGUGGGACCUUUGCUAAUGACGUUUGAUGUGUCAGCCAGCAAGCAGGCCCUGGCCUUUGGGGAUUCCGAGGGCUGUGUGCAUCUCUGGACUGAUUCCCCUGAGCCGUCCUUCAACCCCUACUCCCGAGAGACUGAAUUUGCUCUGCCCUGUCUUGUGGACUCUUUGCCUCCUCUGGACUGGAGUCAGGAUCUGUUGCCGCUUUCCCUCAUUCCCGUCCCACUUACCACGGACACGUUGCUCUCUGACUGGCCUGCUGCCAACUCUGCUCCUGCUCCCAGGCGAGCACCACCUGUGGAUGCAGAAAUUCUUCGAACUAUGAAGAAAGUGGGCUUCAUUGGCUAUGCUCCCAACCCUCGCACCAGGCUGCGGAACCAGAUUCCCUAUCGACUAAAGGAGUCAGACCAUGAAUUUGACAACUUGAGCCAAGUCACGGAGUCACCGACAGGACGAGAAGAGGAGCCUCUCCACACAGUCUCUAAGAAGUACCGGAAGGUAACCAUCAAAUAUUCCAAGCUAGGACUGGAAGACUUUGACUUCAAGCACUACAACAAGACUCUGUUUGCUGGGCUAGAGCCUCACAUCCCCAACGCCUACUGUAACUGCAUGAUCCAGGUGCUCUACUUCUUGGAGCCUGUUCGCUGUCUGAUCCAGAACCACCUUUGCCAGAAGGAGUUCUGCCUGGCAUGCGAGCUUGGCUUCCUCUUCCACAUGCUAGACCUCUCUCGUGGCGAUCCUUGUCAGGGCAGUAAUUUCCUCCGAGCUUUCCGGACCAUCCCCGAGGCCUCAGCACUGGGUCUCAUCCUCGCUGACUCAGACGAGGCUUCAGGCAAAGGCAGUCUGGCCAGGCUCAUCCAGAGGUGGAACCGCUUCAUCCUCACCCAGCUGCACCAGGACAUGCAGGAGCUGGAAGUGCCCCAGGCUUACCGAGGUGCUGGAGGCAGCAGUUUCUGCUCAUCAGGGGACUCCAUCAUCGGGCAGCUGUUCAGCUGUGAGAUGGAGAACUGCAGCCUCUGCCGCUGCGGCAGCGAGACCGUGCGGGCCUCGUCCACCCUGCUGUUCACGCUCUCCUACCCUGAGGGUAGCAUCUGUGAUAAAACCGGGAAGAACUAUGAGUUUGCUCAGGUGCUGAAGCGAAGUAUCUGCCUGGAGCAGAACACACAGGCCUGGUGUGACAACUGCGAGAAGUACCAGCCCACAAUUCAGACCCGCAACAUCCGACAUCUGCCCGAUAUUCUUGUCAUUAAUUGUGAAGUGAAUAGUUCAAAAGAGGCUGAUUUCUGGAGACUGCAAGCUGAGGUUGCCUUCAAAAUAGCAGUGAAGAAGAUUGGCGGGGAAAUGAAGAGCAAGGAGUUUGCUUUAGCUGACCGGAAGGAACUGAGGAGCUCAGAGGGCUUUCUCUGUUGCUCCUCCAUCGAGGAGCUGAAGAAUGUCUGGCUUCCAUUUUCCAUCCGCAUGAAGAUGACCAAGAACAAAGGGCUGGAUGUUUGCAACUGGACCGAUGAGCAUGAGGUGCAGUGGGGUCCAGCCAGGGCAGAGGAAGAGCAUGGUGUCUAUGUAUAUGACCUGAUGGCUACUGUGGUACACAUCCUGGACUCACGAACAGGAGGCAGCUUGGUGGCUCACAUCAAAGUCGGCGAGACCUACCACCAGCGCAAGGAGGGUGUGACGCACCAGCAGUGGUAUCUCUUCAAUGACUUCCUUAUUGAACCUAUUGAUAAGUAUGAAGCCGUGCAGUUUGACAUGAAUUGGAAAGUACCCGCUAUCCUGUAUUAUGUCAAAAGGAAUCUCAAUUCCAGAUACAACCUGAACAUCAAGAACCCCAUCGAGGCUAGCGUGCUGCUGGCAGAGGCCUCGCUGGCACGGAAGCAACGGAAAACACAUACUACCUUCAUUCCACUGAUGCUGAAUGAGAUGCCGCAGGUGGGGGACCUGGUAGGCCUGGACGCUGAGUUUGUCACUCUUAAUGAGGAAGAAGCAGAGUUACGCAGUGACGGCACCAAGUCCACCAUUAAGCCCAGCCAGAUGUCGGUUGCCAGGAUCACCUGUGUUCGGGGCCAAGGGCCUAACGAGGGGAUCCCCUUCAUUGAUGACUACAUCUCCACGCAGGAGCAGGUAGUGGAUUACUUGACGCAGUACUCCGGGAUAAAGCCAGGGGACCUUGAUGCCAAAAUCUCCUCAAAGCACCUCACGACUCUCAAGUCGACCUACUUAAAGCUUCGCUUCCUCAUCGACAUUGGAGUCAAGUUUGUGGGUCACGGUCUGCAGAAGGACUUCCGGGUCAUCAAUCUCAUGGUGCCCAAGGACCAAGUUCUUGAUACAGUCUACCUGUUCCACAUGCCCCGAAAACGAAUGAUUUCCCUACGAUUCCUUGCUUGGUACUUUCUGGACCUGAAGAUUCAAGGUGAGACUCACGACAGCAUUGAGGAUGCCCGCACGGCCCUUCAGCUCUACCGCAAAUAUCUGGAGCUAAGCAAGAACGGCACUGAGCCCGAGUCCUUCCACAAGGUGCUCAAGGGUCUCUACGAGAAGGGCCGCAAGAUGGACUGGAGGGUGCCUGAGCCCGAAAGCCAGACAAGUCCCAAGAGGAGUGCCCUGGUGCCUUCUCUGUUCACCCUGGUCUCCGUAAUUCUGUCUCCUGACAGAUGCAGCUGUCUUCUCCUCAGUGCUGGCACUGUGAGCUGCCCUCCCUUUCAGUGCUCUGUCCCCAGAACUGAGAGGUGGCUUCUCAAGUCGGCUUUACCCUGUCCACUUCCAGACCUGGAUCUGCUCAGGGUCUACAGACGGUGCUAUUAAUAGAACUGGAAAGCAGCAAAAUUGUUGCGAAGGUUCUAGCUGCCAGAUUCCUCCUUUACCCUCUGCAAAACAGUGGGCCAGAAACGAAGCCUAAAGUGACCCAGGGGGAGGGAUUGGUGUUUGUAAUCAAUAUCCUGGGUAACUGAUAUCUACACGAAAGAGCUCUAGAACAGAACUCUGAGCUCCCAGCCUGCUCGAGAACUGAGGUCCUGAACAGUCACAGGGUACAGAGAUCCAGCCAGCGGCAGCAUCCAGCGGCCUGAGAGGCAGCGGCUGGGUGGACCGGCUCAGUCUCAAUGGACCAAUCACACCAGUGUGUGGGAAGCUGAGCUACUGGCUUCAUUCCUGACCACAGCUGGGAACUAUUUGUCUUCCAUACAUUCUAUCUCAAGUUUUGUUUUAUUUUUUAAAAACUUUGCUUAAAACAGCAUGUUUUAUAAAAUAAAAAUAUUUUUAUCUCAUUAGAAAA